ACAUUCACUUAGAUUAGAUGUGCAAUGGGAUGGUGAAUCGGUGAUGAUGUUUGUUUCUCACAAAAUCUAAUAUUAAAAAUCACUCAAACUUUAUUGAAAAGAAAAAGAAAAACCCUGGAGAGUGAAGACUAUGGGGUUUUAGUGCUAUUUCGGGGACUCAUUGUUGAAGCUCAAGAACAUGUUGGUGAAAUCUUCCCCAAUGUCAUCGUAGUAUAAUCGAAUCUCUAUUUCCGUUGCAAAACCCUAGUUCUAAAUUUCAAAUUCCGACCCAUAACGCAAUGGAAGCUACUCAAAAUGGCAGAAGACCCGAUAGCUCUUCUCCUCCGAAGCCCUUCAAGUUCUCGGCUUAUCAAAACCCGGCUCUAUCCGCCGCUCUCACCGCCAACAGCGUCCAACCUUCGAAGUACACCUUCCUCGGCAUCUUUUUCCUUUCCUCCGUAUCUGCAUCUGCCUUUCUUAGUAUUCUUUCCUGGGAAAAUGCGAUUGUUGGCAAUUUGAAGCUCAAGAACUUCCCUGAAGAGGCAGCCUAUUUGUCUGCCAAGGCUGCACAGAUUGUGGUAGGCUCAAUCUUUUUGGGAACGGUAUUAGCCUUUAUCAAGGCACUAUCCUUGUAUAGAAAAAGAUUUAGCGGUGUUGUGUCUGUUAUAUCAGCUAAAGGAACCAAGGAACAAACACCCCUUUCCAAGCGUCAACUGGGGCUUAUGGGAUUAAAACCAAAGGUUGACAAUGGGACAUCUGAAAAGGCUGUAAAGCCUCCAAAAUCUAAACCUUACUCAUCGCCUUCUUCUUCUGAUAUUCUUGUUCCACUUCAUCAUUCAAUUGGCAAUUUUAGUUAUUCAUCUCAAAAAAACAUAGAUAAGUCUAACUCUGCCAGUGGAAGUAAAGUGCAGUCUUUUGCAACACCUUCAACAUCCCCAGGUUCUGCAUCUUCGUUGUAUCUUGUCUCUGGAGUGGCCUCACCACUGCCUUCUGCUCAGAGUUCAUCAGGACGGGAUUCAGUGGUGCAUACCCCAUGGUCAAGCAAGCGAGUGUCCACUCUAAAAGAAAUUACAUCUGAAGAAGACUUUGAACGAUUCCUUACUGAAGUAGAUGAAAAGUUAACCGAGUCUUCAGGAAAAUUAGCAACUCCACCCCCCACCAUGGGCAGUGUGGGUAUAGCCAGUCCCAGUACUGUGGCUAAUUCAGCUAAUACUUCUGGAACUACCAGAAGUACUCCCUUGAGGCCUGUAAGGAUGUCACCGAGUUCACAGAAAUUCACCACUCCUCCUAAGAAAGUAGAGGGUGAUGAUCCCUCCCCAAUGUCUAUGGAGGAAAUGGUUGAAGCUUUCAAGCAUUUGGGAGUAUAUCCUCAAAUUGAAGAAUGGCGUGAUCGUCUCAGGCAGUGGUUUUCUUCCACUUUGCUUAGUCCUCUUGUAGAAAAGAUUGAAACCAGUCAUGUUCAUGUAAAAGAAGCGGCUGCUAAACUCGGUGUCUCAAUUACUAUAAGUCCUGUAGGCGACUCCACAGGAUCCCUUCCCAUUGCAUCUUUGGUUGACAGGACUAAUGAAUGGCAACCAACAUUGACCCUUGAUGAAGAUGGACUCCUCCACCAGUUACGAGCAACUCUCAUGCAAUCCAUAGAUGCCUCUACUAUCAAGAUGCCUCUGGCAAAUACACCACUGUCCCCUCAGCAGAACCCCUUAAUUCCGACCAUGCAAGAGUGUGUCGAUGCCAUUGCAGAGCACCAGAAACUCCUUGCUUUGAUGAAGGGUGAAUGGGUCAAAGGCUUACUGCCGCAAAGCAGUAUUCGAGCAGAUUAUACAGUACAAAGAAUCAAAGAGCUUUCUGAAGGGACGUGCUUGAAGAAUUACGAGUAUCUUGGUACUGGAGAGGUUUAUGAUAAGAAAAGCAAGAAGUGGACACUUGAGCUUCCAACCGAUUCUCACUUACUCUUGUAUUUAUUCUGUGCUUUCCUAGAGCAUCCAAAGUGGAUGUUACAUCUGGAUCCUUCAAUCUAUGCCGGGGCUCAGUCUAGUAAAAAUCCUUUGUUCUUGGGGAUUCUUCCUCCGAAAGAACGCUUUCCCGAGAAGUAUAUAGCAAUUAUAUAUGGUGUUCCUUCUGUUAUUCACCCUGGAGCUUGCAUACUGGCCGUUGGAAGGAAAAAUCCUCCAGUUUUUUCUUUGUAUUGGGAUAAAAAGCUUCAGUUUUCCCUUCAGGGAAGAACAGCAUUGUGGGAUGCCAUAUUGCUUCUGUGUCACAGAGUCAAGAUCGGAUAUGGCGGGGUUAUUCGGGGAAUGCAGCUUGGUUCAUCUUCACUAAGAAUCCUUCCAGUUUUGAAUUCAGAGCCUGUAGACUGAGUGAGCAUCUGCGUUUUUGCUUCCAAUAGUAUUUUUAUUGCAUUAACUCACUAAGCUGUUACAUGAGACACCACAAACUCUGCUUGUGCAACAAUUUUGCUCCUUUGUACAACAUGUAUUCUGGGGAAAUUGCUUACUGAAAGCCUCUAACUUUAGUUUCAUAGCUCGAAUGUUCAUGUAUCCUAAUCUGAGUUCUUCAAUAGUUGUACUGACCACAAAUUCACAACCAUGAUGAGAAUUUGUCACAAACCACCAUUUUAGAAUUGUCCUUGGCUGGCUGUAUCAUUGUAGUUUAUAGGUUAACAGUGUAUUGAACUUUGGGUUUCAGUGAGCCAUUUUAAAGCUGAGCAGUGCUUUUUGCUCUUAAAAUU